AUGUCAAUGACAGCUAAUGAAAAUUCAGUAGCCACAGAAAAUUCGAUCACUCCCAAUGAAAAGACAAACAUAAAGGUCGAUACGACGAUAUUAAAAGAUGAAAUAGAAGCAUCAGUUGACAUGGUCAGCGAAGAAUGCUCUGAAGAUGCCAUAGAUUUUUCGGAAAAGCAACAGCAAUUCAAGCUUUCUGAUGUCAGAUUUAUUAUAUUAUUCACAGGAUUGUUGCUUGGGUUUUUUAUGGCAACAUUAGACACGACUAUCAUCAUCACUGCGGCGGGUAUCAUUGCAUCCGAAUUCAACGCUGUAGAUCAGAUCGGCUGGAUUGGCUCAGCUUACCUAUUAACCUUGAGUGGAUUUCAACCUGUUUAUUGUUCAAUUACUGAGAUUAUUGGGCAACGGAUAUCGUACUCUUGCUGCAUCCUUAUCUUCAUCUUUGGAAGCGUGCUAUGCGGAGUGUCGAACAGUAUGAUGAUGUUGAUAAUCAGCAGAGCUGUACAAGGCAUUGGCGCUGCUGGCCUUUUCACGUCUGUCCUUAUUAUCAUAUGUGAAUUGAUGGAUAGCAGAACAAGAGCUAUAUAUCAGGGCAUAUUAGGACUUGCGAUUGGUAUGGCUACACUUAUUGGGCCCUUGUUGGGAGGCUUCUUGGCUGACCGUGGCCAAUGGAGAUGGGCUUUUUACGUCAACAUUUUUGUCGGAGCUGUUAUUAUUACCCUUACUUUAGUAUUCUGCAAGUUACCACUUACAAAGAAACAGAAGGAGAGAAUAAAUGGUGAAAAGACAAUUUGGAAGCAACUUACCGAGGUCGAUUAUGCUAGCUUGGUGCUUUUAAUGCCUGGCGCUGUCAGUCUCUUAGCAGGCCUUCAACUGGGAGGUGAAAGACUCUCCUUUACAGAUCCAGCUGUAGUGGCCCUAUUAACUCUUGGGCCUGCGCUUAUCAUCCUUUUUGUCGUCACUGAGGUAUUUUUAAUCAGAUUUCCUAUAUUUCCUCGCCAUUUUGUCAUGUCCAGAAGCAACAUAGCCAUUCUUGCGUGUCAAUUCACAGGAGGUAUGAUGAACAACGCCAUCAUGUAUUUUGUUCCUUUACACUUCCAAAUUGUCAAGAAUGACAAUGCUGUUCAGUCAGCUUGCAAGCUCCUGCCCUUUUUUGUUACAGCCGUUGUAAGUGGACUGCUAUCUGGCCUUAUUGUGCAAAAGACAGGUUAUUAUCGCUUCUUGUUAUGGCUCGGAGCUGCUUUCUGUAUUGUGGGGUCAUCACUUUUGCAAACAUCAAAUCUAGCUACACCAGAAUAUCUUCUUUUCAUUUAUCUUGGUUUAUUCGGUUUAGGUCUUGGAUCUAUAAAGAAUAUCACCACGGUUGCAGGUCAAGCCGGCAUUGCCAAAGAAGAUCUUACAAUUGCGACAGCUCAUGGGCAAUUCAUGAGAAUAUUUGGUGGUGCAUUUGGUGUGAACAUUGCAGCCGUUUUAUUCAGAUAUGAUACAACUACCCAAUUGGAACAUUUGAAAAAAGUGACACGUUCUGAUUUCAAUCUGAGUAGUAUACCUGCUUUGAAAAGCCUCCAUUACAUGCUGAGACAGAGGGUUGAGAAGAUAUGCUUAGAAGCAUUGGACAAAGUCUAUUUAUUAGUUGCCAUCGUUUCGGGAAUCGCAUUUAUAUCCACUCUUUUAAUCAAAGAAUAUUACAUCAUAGUCGACUCAAAGACAAGGACUGGAGAUAAGUCUAAUGUUAAAGAAGAGGAGAUCAAGAAAGUGUAA